GAACGUAUAUAUUUCAAUAGUCUUCAAGCCUUUCAGUAGUGGUGAAGGGAGGGAGCUCUCGUGUGCAUUUCAUUACAACUUUAGCGGCCAGUUCGACUAGCGCCUACCUUGGCUACAACUCUCUCUCUCCACCUAUUUAUAAUAAAUCCGGUCUCCACUCAAUCCUGAUUUCAAACCCCGCGGGGACAAUAACAUCUGUCUCUGUACACCAUUAAAUAUGAGUCAGAGCUGGAAUGGGACUGCUGUACGGCUAGCGUUUGAUGUGAUGUUUAAGCGGCAGUGGUUGGCCAUACCACAUGUUACUGUGACAGACAUCCGCUACAUUAACUUCUGUGAACUCAAGAAGGCUGGCUGUCGCGCCGUAGUGUAUGACAAAGACAACUGUAUAACCAAUCCUUACGAGGAUCACAUAAGUCUUCGGGUCAAGCCCGGAUGGGACGAAUGUCUGCGAGUCUUCGGUAGAGAAAAUGUCCUCAUCAUGUCCAACUCAGCUGGAUCAAGCGACGAUAAAGACUUCGAGAAGGCCAGGCACUUGGACAACGUUCUGGGAGUACAAGUUGUGAAGCACGGUGGCAAGAAACCCGGCGGCCACGAUGCUAUUUUGCAAGCACUUGGCGGUAAGGAUGUUAAACUAGAAGAACUGGCCUUUGUCGGAGAUCGUCUGCUGACAGAUGUUGUAUUUGGCAACCUGGGUGGCAUGCUCACCAUACACACCCAGCCCUUCUCGCUCAAGAGAGACAACCGCGUAGCCAAGUCCGUUCGAACCAUGGAGAAUGCACUCAUGCUGCCUUUCUUCAGAUGGCUUAGACAUAACAGGUACAGAGGUGCGCUGAAUGAGCGCGUGCAAACCCAUCCUCUGCUGUCAGGUGCGGGUUUGACCAGAACUGAGCCGUUGGAAUAAGAGUCAAUUCUCGCUAUAGUCGAUAAAGCCGUAGGCCAACCAAUAAUCUGCCUCGAAGAUACAAAAAAAAACCCACACCAGGAACUGUAAGUGGCGACUUAUGCGUGGUAGCGAUAUCUUCCAAUGGUAUCAAUUCACUGGACAAUAACGCCAAUCGAGUGACACCCGUAUUGCGUAUUCUCCAACUAUGGGCGACGGAUAGUAGCGGAUCCACUCCCACCUCAUCACCGUGCGACAGUACUCACAACUCACAACACCCUAGAUCCAGCUGUGCCGGUGUCACAUGACAUCCGAUCGAAUCAGGCGGUUGCAAAUGACCGCACACAAACCCAAACCGGCAUAUACAUAUUGUUAGCAUGGGAACUGUUGGCCUUGUUGACAUGGAACUUCUCAUUACUCGGUCAGCCAUGCCAGUACCCCCCUUGUCGCCGUAUCAUGGCGUAUGGUUUAUCAGGUCGCUCUAUGAACAGGAAUAGAGCUGAGAGUGCGGAGCAUGAGUAAAUAUUUCUCUGGCAGGACCUGGCUAGUGUGGAUACAACCAAUACUUCUGUGUGUAUGAGGGAUUGGGAUUAAAAUUGGUACCGAAUAGCGUGUAGUUGUGGGUAGAUGUCAGGAUCGACCAACACGGCACACUGAUACAGUGAUGCAAAACAGCGGCUGUGUGGCCGAAAACCGCAAAGCCUGUCUCAGUUACUAACUUGUGGAGCGUGGCAGUUGAAUGUAAUAGAAAAAAUAAAAAUACAUGGCAACUCUCCAAUCAAUGUAUAUAGACACAACUGUGGGCAAAUUCGGAGCGCGUAAGAGAACUCGGUGUCGUCGUACAGGAGGCUAGAGCAUUAUGUUGUCAG